AUGCCUUUACAUAUAAUCUAUCUCCUAUACAACCUAGAACUCAGCCAUACAAUAAAGUAUCCGCAAAUUACCAGUAAGCAUGACCAGUGCACCGAACUGUCUACUAUCUUUGGAUCAGCUCUGCAUUACCCCAAUAACGACAGCUUCACGAUUUGGGAUGCGAAGCAACAGGAAGUUCGCCCAGCUUGCCAGAUCGAGCCGUCCACUCCAUCGGAGGUUUCCCAGGUACUCGAAAUCCUUGUGCACUACUGGUGUUACUUUUCGGUUAAGGGCGGUGGUCACUCACGGAAUCCUGGGGACUCUAACUCUGUUGGUGGUGUUACCGUGGACCUGGACCGCAUGACACAGGUCGACAUAUUAGAGCAUGGUAACAGGGCGCUUGUGUACGAAGCUUUGGAUGCUCAUAAUCUGUCCUUUGUUGGUGGGAGAGUCGGCACAGUCGGUGUUGGCGGAUUUACACUGGGCGGCGGGACAUCACCAUUCUCGAACAAGUACGGUUGGGCGUUGGAUAAUGUUUAUGAAUAUGAGGUGGUCCUUGCAAACGGAACGAUCGUCAACGCCAACGAGACUCACAAUCGUGAUCUAUACUUCGCCCUCAGAGGCGGUGGGAAUAACUUCGGAAUUGUGACAGCCUUCACUGUCCGUACAUUCAGCCAGGGUCCUGUCUCUACGACUACGACUACGUAUCUCCAGAAUCAGACUGAACAGGUCCUCGACCAGGUUUACCAGCUCUUCACUGACGAUGCUUUGACCAGCGAUGUGGAGAUGGGCUAUGAUAUGUACUACACAUAUGUCUCACAGGAUGACAGUUUCAGCCUAUCAGGCACCCAACGCUAUGGGAAGCCGGUGCGGAACCCAGCUGUAUUCAAGGCCAUCUACCAGAUACCGAGGUUAACAAGAAGCACAACCAUAUCUAAUAUGGGUAACUUGACUCGUGAAUCUGAACCAUUAGGUACCACAAGGCACUUAUUCGCCACCCUAACCGUGUUGCCUUCCCGUUCUCUCCUCACUCAAGCAGUAAGGAUCUUCGAACAAGAGGCUCGAGCCAUAAGAUCUGUGGAUGGCUUGGUUCCAAACCUCAUUUCCUACGCGAUUUCACGGACCGCAAUUGCAGCCAUGGCGCAGAGGGGAGGGAACUCGCUCGGCAUACAUGGCGAUCAACCUCUCUUUCUCAUCUUAAUUUCCACGGCUUGGUCUGAUGCCCGUGAUGAUGCCGCUGUUAAUACAAUGACGGAGAAUGCUAUCCGGAGAAUCAGGGAAGCAGCGGAGACCCUCAAUGUUGCGCACCCGUUUCUUUACGUGAAUUACGCAUCAGCUGCGCAGGCCUCAGAAGUGUUUUCUAGUUACGGGGAAAAGAAUGUGCAGAGUCUUAGAGACAUACAACGGGCAGUUGAUCCACAUGGUGUCUUCACCUCGCGGGGGUUUACGGAGCGGAUACGUGAUCUGCUGUUGGUAACUUACUAA